AGGUGAAUAGACGCAGCGGCGCAUCCGAAUGAGACGUGAGACGUGAGACGUGAGACUAGGUACUAGGUAUUGUACUAUGUAACAUGGAAAGCCAUCCGGAGUAUGGGAAGUAAACAGACCAUUGCGUGUAACCCUAUCAGACUAGCUAAUAUCCCUAACAUCUAACAGCAGAUGACGACUGGACCGAGACCCUUGCUAGCUUACAUCAAGUCCCAGAUCUCGAUAACUCGUCUAUUAGCCAAGGACCAAGGACGGUAGAGUCGUAGCACUUAAUAAUAUGUCUGCUUACAUGCCUUGGACCGCAUCUCUCCAGUCACGAUGGACGGUUCCCCAGCCACCGAGUUUGCCUCUGGAUCGUGAUAGGCGUGUGCUGAGGAUCAGAACGGGGGGGGGAACGCCCUGGACUAGCGUAGUUGUAGUUGUAGUUGUAGUUGUAGUGCAAGCUGGUUCUUUAUUAGCGCGUCUGCCAACCCAAUCCGCGUCUCUAGAUGGGUUCGUAAAGGCCUUCUUACUCGCUAUACGUCGGCGCCGCCUCGCUCGGUAUCGCUGCCGAGAAGCAAAGCACGUACAUCACAUCCGCGUCAUCCCAUAUAUGCAUACACUACUGCUCGUUCGCUGCUUGGCUAAACUCUAUUCGAACGAACCUUGGCUAUCUUUCUUUAUUCCCGUUUCUGUUCCUGUUCCUGUUUCUGUUUCUGUUUUUGUCCGUCCCUAUGCUCAUUUCUUCUUCUCCGUUGUUAGUUGCCUAUCAGUCAAGUCAAGUCAAGUCACCUAUACCGUAUUCCCACCUUGAUGGAACUAUCCGCCCCUCGUCCCAAUUAGCAUCGUAGCUGGCGCCCAAUGGCUUAGUCUUGCUGCUGCAUCAUGUAUGUGUGU